ACCGUCCCUUUACGCAUGAAUUCUACCCCGGUGUCCGGAACCAAUGUUAUCCUCGAGUUUACUGGGGUGCCUUUAUGUGGUAGCAGUAAAGACAAAUGUCAGGAGCGUGGAAGGGCAUUGCAAGAAGCAAUCAUGUAUAGAUUUUUAUUCCGGGCUGCUUACACGGCCCGAAAUUCUUCAGUAAGUGUAUACGAGUCGUGCGUGUUGCCGGCUAAAUGUGACAAAGCUGCAGCUCCAGUUUUCAGCGUUGCAAAUGGAGGAGGAGUCAAAGCCCUCAGCAGGAGUUCAGUCAGGCUCUGUGAAAAGAAAAACGAUGUUGCCUCCUCUAAUCAAGAUGAGAAAACAAAUGCAGGUAAAGAGGCUGACCCAACCGAAACUGCAACUCUGGAUGCACAGAAAGCUGACGAUGACGGCAGAGUCACCAAGAUAGCCGAACAAAUUGAGGAGCGAGUGGCCUUAAGGGCAGAUGAUGGAAGUACCACACAGCAGCAGAUGGAUGGUACAGAUCAGAGACAUGAACAGGUCGUGGCGACGCCAAAACCAGUGAGGCCUGGUGCAGCUAAGAGUGGGAAAGAGAGUCUCCUUGACCUCCUUGGAGCCAUGAAGGUGGAAGUAACUAAUAAGAGGAAGCUCAAAAACUUGAAAGUGAAGCAAGGCUAUGAGUCUACCUCCAAGUCAAAGACAGCAGCCAUGGAGAGCACCAUCAGUAUGUUUCAGAAAGCUACCGUGGAGGCUUCAUCACAGAGUGAGACACUGGAUCCUGAACUGGUUGCAGCUGCGUCUGCUGCUGCCUCCACUCUCCCUAACUGCAGCCAGGCCGAGUCUGAACUGCUAAGGCAGCUGAGGCAGCACGAGGCCAUCACUGAGGCUCAGAAGAAAGGGGAUGUGAAUAACCUCGGAGUGAUAAUUGCUGACAUGAAAGUAGGAAAGAAUCCCAACCGACAGAACGCUCGGCCAGCCAAUCAGAUUCGGUUUGAUGAGGACGGGCGAGGAUACACGCACGACAGAGGAAUCACUGCUGAGCUAGACGGUGUUCGGAGAAAGAGGAACUUGUUCUCGGGGAAAAGAUUAAACAUCUUCUCCUCCACUACUGAAGAAGAUGGAGUUGAGUCAGCAGUUGUUUCAGCACGGCCAACUCUAUGGGACAUGGACUUUGCUCAUCAGUUGUCCCAGUUAACCAACCAAAGGCCCCGCAAUGGGCUUGAGGAAAUGAUCCACUGGACCAAAGAGGGAAAACUGUGGCAGUAUCCCAUCAAUAAUGAAGCUGGCCUUGAGGAGGAAGCCAGUGUCUCGUUCCAUGAGCAUAUCUUCUUGGAGAAACACCUGGAGGAGGGUUUCCCCCGUCACGGACCAGUGCGUCACUUCAUGGAGCUCGUGGUGAGCGGUCUGUCCAGAAACCCCUACCUGACAGUCCAACAGAAGAGGGAACACAUUUCCUGGUUCAGAGACUAUUUCCACCAAAAAGAGGAAGUCCUCAAGGAAGCUGAAGUUUACCUCAACUGAGCUUAAGACAACUGAAUAUGUUUAUGUUAUGUAGAGUAAGGACACAUAAAAGUAAGACCCAUUCAGAGUGGGGUUUGUGACUUUGAUAAUCUUGACCCACACACGUUCUUCCAGGAGGCCUGUAAGAGUGUAUUCAAGUCUGUGUCCUGGUGUCAAACAUUGUACAGUAUCUGCUCUUUCUAAAAUGUUGAUCUGACUAUAGAAUCACUGUUUAAUCACUUCAACGUUGUCGCUCAAUGGAGGGCAAAUGUACAGAAAGAAAGUGAAAUGUUGCUUAUACAAGGGGUUGUACAAAAUAUACAAACAAUAUAAAGCAACGAAAGUGCA